CGACUAGUUGAAACGAUCGCGGUGAAUGAAUUUUUUUUUAAUUAAUAGGAUGACUGUUUGUUCUGUUAUUGAAAAAUACAGUAUCCAAAUAUAUUUAGCAAGUAUGAUCAAGGAUUAUUAAGAUUAGAGAUUAGCAUUAUUAUUUAGGUUACUGACAAGCAUCAUUUUAUUUGUAGUUUAAUUGGACUUCCCUGUUCAUUAACUAAAACAGAGUAUCUUUGUAUUGGUUGCAACUAAAUAUUAAAACUUCUGUAGUUUUGUUUUGACUUUGACUUAGACGGAUAACUCUGCAAUUAAAACACAUUACUUGAGUCUUCUUUAGACGAAGAGUAAUACUACCACUUCAAUGGCAACUUAGACUUUGAAACUUUUAUCAUAUUAGUUUCCGUUUAUUCAUCUCAAAGGAUACAAUACUAGAUGUCCUUUAACAAAAGAAUUUUUUGUAGUUGUGUCAUUAAAUUAUGUUGCUUAAUGAAAUGCAUAUUGGUUUUGGAUUUCGUAUUAACAGUAUCACGUGAACAGUUCGUGAAUCCACUGACGAUGCUUAAUGGUGUAUCUCGUCAUGGUUUCCGCAACGUAUGGUGGUCACAUGAUCAUUAGGUUUUUGUUUGGAUGUUCGGUAAUUUUGCUCCAUUUGCGACAUUAAGGUUGCACCAUCUGUUAGGCAGAAUACUGUUUGUAAAGGUGCAAAACAAUUAAACAAAAAAGAAGUUCUUAAUGCUGUGAACGGAACAAAAAUGAUUCAAUCAAAGUAUAGAUCGACCGAGGAGACCACAAAUCUUGCUCGUUUAGCCCGAAUUAUCUUGGGCCCCUGCACUGACGUACUACGAGAUGUUCUAAAAAAAAAUAUGAAUCCGUCCGUCUUGCCAAGCACUGUUAAAACUUUUAUCACCCAUUUGCCAAGACACAAAAAGUCUCCAUUUACCAAACAACAAGAAAAGAUCGUGUAUACAGGAAAAUAUUCGGACUUUGACAUAACUUUACUUUACAUUUUGUUUCGUAAUAUCUGCACAUUUCCACCACAUUCACAACAAUGGGGAAAUGAUCCGAAUCCAGGGGAUAGAAGCGAAUCAGCCAACAUAGAAAGGAUUCGUUUAUUAAGAAACAAAUAUCAAGGCCAUCAUUCGAGUAUAUUAAUUUCAAGCUCUGACUUUAAUCAAGAAUGGCAAGAUAUUUUUGAUAUCGUUAAAGAGCUGGAAAUGUAUUUAGGGACAUGCACUGUUUAUCAGGAGGAGGUGAAGAAAAUAACCCUGUGCUGCAUGGACCCAGAACAAGAAACUAAAUAUAUUGAUCAGCUACUAGACUUGAAUAAAAAACUUCACGACAUAUCAGUAAAAAUUGAAAAUACCUGUGACUGCAAAAAAAGAAAAGAGUUAUUUGAUAGAAAAGUUUCCAAAUGGAAAGAAGAUGAUGCAUUAUUUUUGGAAACUCACAACUUUCCAGCAAUGUUUAACAAAGUAGUAAACCAAUCUUAUAUGACAUUUGUUGGUGUCCCAGGAUCUGGAAAAUCCGUCACGGCUCGCCACAUAGCCCUGAAACUACAGGAGGAAGGAUAUGAUAUCCUACCGAUAGAAGAUAUAAGCGACAUUGAAAAUCAAUGUAAUCCAGAUAUCCCGCAAGUAUUUGUCAUUGAUGAUGUGGUAGGAGUUUUGGGGUUAGACAUUUCUAAGUUCAAUAAACUAUGUAAGUACGAAAGUUCAAUUAAAAAGCCUGAGAUGAAAGAAACGAAAGUUCUUAUGACAUGUAGAGAGGUUGUUUAUAGAAAUGAAUAUAUAACAAGCACAUUUUUAUCAGAGAGCGAGAAUGUAGUCAAUCUUCACAGCGAUGAGAAUUCAUUAACUGAUGAAGACAAAUACAAUUUGCUUGCCAAGUACAGUUUAGAUGAACAAUUCCUAUCUUCAGUCGAUUUGUCCUCAACAUCAAAAAUGUUUCCAUUUCUAUGCAAACUGUAUUCAAGCACAAAAGACUUUGAAAAUUAUGGACCAUCGUUUUUCAUUUCCCCAUAUAACUUAAUUUUAAAGGAAAUGGACAAAAUGAAGAUACAAAACAAAAUACAUUAUGCUUCUCUUGUUUUGUUGAUGGUCAAUGAUGGCAAACUAUCCGAAACUAUUUUAGACGAUGAUGGAAAUAGCAAUAGAACUAGUUUUUUUCAGGAAAAGAAAUUAAACAUACUUAAAUAUUGUAAGGUAGAGAGCCAAACAAACAGUUUUAGCUUUAUGGAUGCAUUGUCGGAAAUGGAAAGGACCUACACAAAACAGUAUGAUAGUGAGUUCACUUUUAUCCAUGAUUCCAUGUUUGAAAUCAUUGCAUGUCAUUUUGGUCGUCAGUUUCCAGAGCUUAUGAUAAAAUAUAUGAGUAGUGAAUAUAUUUCUCAUUAUAUCAAAGUAGAUAGAAAUGAAUCUGAGAAUAAAAUGAGUGAAAAUGAAGAAAGUAAGGAAUAUAGGGCUAGUAGCUUGUGUAUAAAACUGUCAGAAUCCCUUUAUCAAAAGUUUGCAAAACGUUUGUUUAGAGACGUAGAAAAUGGUGAGAUAUUUGCCUUAGGAAAUGAAGCACUGAAACAUCCGUCUGUGCUUCAGGCUUUUAUUAUAGAGAUGGUGGAAAAGUCUUACAGAGAACUGUAUGCCAUAUUUCUUUCUGAGUUGAAGAAUGAUACUAAAAAAUCAUACAUUAAGUCACAGAUGAAAAAAGAAAACAAAACAUAUGGUGAAUUAUCGAGUGAUUUUUAUCAAAUCUGCUACCUUUUGUUUAAUAGUAGAUCUGAUAAAACAUGCGCUAGAGCAAUUAACUGGGUUAUAUAUCAUGGUCAUAAUAAGAUUUUGCAGUACAUACUAGAUCAAAUUCUAACAGAAAAUGGAAACGUCAAUGAUCUUUUUCAAACUUCCUACAAUAAAGAUGGUAUUAAGAGAGUGACACAAAAUCCUGAAGAUGAUGUAACGGGGCCCGUAAUGAGAGCAAGUGACUCGGAUAUUGAAUCAGAUAUAGAUACAUACAGCGAAAAAGUAACUGUUGAACAAUUUCGCCUGCUUUGCCUUGGUUGUUAUUCUGCUGAUCAAACCACUGUAAAAACCCUCUUAAAACACAUAGACAUUAAAAAUGUCAUAGGUACAGUUACACAAUUUACGAGUCACGAAGUUAAACCAUUGGUCAUUGCGUGUAAGUUUGGAUACUGUGACAUUGCGAUGGAAUUACUUCAAGCUGGGGCAAAUGUCAAUCUGUUUUUUGAUUUAUGUACACCUACUGUAGUUGCAUGUGGCAAAGGGCAUUUAAGUGUUGUCAAAGAGUUAAUAAAAGCAGGGGCUGAUAUCAAUUUUAGAUGUGGGGAAAAAACCCCAUUAACAGCUGCAUGUUAUAAGGGACAUUUGAAUGUUGUAAAAAAAUUGAUAAAUGCCGGGGUCGAUGUCAAUCUCAAGGAUAAAUAUGAAACACCUCUUACAGCUGCAUAUUAUUGGGGACAUAUUACUGUUGUUGAUGAGUUGAUUAAAGCGGGGGCUGAUAUAAAUUUAGCUGAUAAAAAGAAAACACCAGCAUUUGAUCGUGGACGUUCACAAAUAGUUGAAAUGUUUUUAAAAACUCGGUCUGAAGCCAUUUCCACAGGUGGACAUAAAACAUCAUUGACAUUUGCAUGUUUUAAGGGACAAUUGGAAGAGGUUGAAAAGAGAAUUCAAGCGGGAACCGAUGUCAAUUUAAGAGAUGGAGUCCUGACACCAUUAGUUGUGGCAUGUUAUAUGGGACAUUUGAGGAUUGUUAAAGAAUUAAUAAAAGCUGGAGCCGAUGUAAACCUACUCGACGGAGAUAAAACGCCCUUAACAGUCGCAUGUAAGGAAACACAUUUAAGUGUAGUUGAAGAGUUAAUAAACGCAGGGGCAUGUGUUAAUUUAAAAGAUAAGCAUACGAUACCAAUCAUGGUAGCAUGCCAUAGUGGAAAUGAGAAUCUUACAAAAAUGUUAAUUAAAGCAGAGGCUGAUGUUAAUUUUGAACAUGAAGGUGAAACACCUCUCACAGUUGCAUGUUCCAGUGGCUACAUCGGUAUAGUUGAAGAAUUAAUAAAUGCAGGAGCUGAUGUCAAUUUUGAGGGUGAAAGCCGCAAACCAUUAGCUAUUGCAUGUUCUGAGGGAAAUGUAUCUUUAGUUCAAAUGAUCAUAAAAGCAGGAGCUGCUGUCAAUGUUCGAUAUCCAUCUUAUACACUAUUAGUGGAAGCAUGUCUUUAUGGUUAUUCAGAUAUAGCUGAGGAGUUGAUAAAGGCAGGGGCUGAUGUCAAUAUAAAAGAUACUUUUACACCAUUAAUAGCUGCAUGUGAGGAGGGACAUCAGAAGGUUGUAAUACAAUUGAUAAAUGCUGGGGCCGAUGUCAAUAUAAGAGGUGGAAAUAAAACGCCUCUUACAGCUGCAUGUGAAGCAGGACAUGCAAACGCUGUUGAAGAAUUGAUUAAUGCGGGGGCUGAUAUAAAUUUAGCUCGUGGAAAGAAAACUCCACUAAUGACUGCAUUUGGUCAGGGAUAUUCAGAGAUAGUUGAAUUGUUGGUAAACGCUGGAUCUGGAGCUUUUUUCAAAAGUGAACACGAAACGCUAACGAUUGCAUGUUGGAAGGGACAAUUGAAAGAGGUUGAGAAGUUAAUUGAAACGGGAGCCGAUGUCAAUUCAAGAGAUGGAGUUAUGACACCACUAGUUGCGGCAUGUUAUAUGGGACAUUUGAGGGUUGUUAAAAAAAUGAUAAAUGCUGGAGCUGAUGUAAACCUACUCGACGGAGAUAAUACGCCCUUAACAGUCGCAUGUAAGGAAAAACAUUUAAGUGUAGUUGAAGAGUUAAUAAACGCAGGGGCAUGUGUUAAUUUAAAAGAUAAGCAUACGAUACCAAUCAUGGUAGCAUGCCAUAGUGGAAAUGAGAAUCUUACAAAAAUGUUAAUUAAAGCAGAGGCUGAUGUUAAUUUUGAACAUGAAGGUAAAACAUCUCUCAUAGUUGCAUGUUCCAGUGGCUACAUCGGUGUAGUUGAAGAAUUAAUAAAUGCAGGAGCUGAUGUCAAUUUAGAGGGUGGAAGCGACACACCAUUAACUAUUGCAUGUCGUAAGGAAAAUUUAUCUUUAGUUCAAAUGAUCAUAAAAGCAGGAGGUAAUAUCAAUCUAAAGGGUAGAGACGACACACCAUUAACCAUUGCAUGUCGUAAGGUAAAUUUAUUAUUAGUUCAAAUGAUCAUAAAAUCAGGAGCUGAUGUCAAUUUAAAGGAUAGAGACGACAAAACCCCAUUACUCAUUGCAUGUCGAGAGAAAAAUUUACCUUUAGUUCAAAUGAUCAUAAAUGCAGGAGCUGAUGUCAAUAUAGGGGAUGGAACAUAUACACCAUUAACGGAAGCAUGUGAUGAUGGCAAUUUGAAUAUAGUUGAAGAGUUGAUAAAAGCAGGGGCUGAUAUCAAUUUCAGAUGUGGGACAAAAACACCCUUAACAUCUGCAUGUUAUGCGGGAUAUUUGAAAGUUGUAAAACAAUUGAUAAAUGUCGGGGUCGAUGUCAAUUUAGGAGAUGGAAAUAAAACACCUCUUACAGCUGCAUGUGAAGCAGGUUAUGAAGAUGUUGUUGAUGAGUUGAUUAAAGCGGGGGCUGAUAUAAAUUUAGCUGAUAAACAGAAAACACCGCUAAUAACGGCAUUUGAUUAUGGACAUUCACACAUAGUUGAAUUGUUGGUAAAAGCAGGGUCUGAAGCCAUUCAUAAAGGUGGAAAUGAAACUUCAUUGACAAUUGCAUGUUGCAAUGGGCAAUUGGAAGAAGUUGCAAAUAUAAUUCAAGCUGGAGCCGAUGCCAAUUUAAGAGAUGGAGUCCUGACACCACUAGUUGCCGCAUGUUAUUUUGGACAUUUGAGGGUUGUUAAGGAAAUGGUAAAAGCUGGGGCCGAUGUAAACCUACUCGACGGUGAUAAAACACCUUUAACAGUCGCAUGUCAGGAAAAACAUUUAAGCAUAGUUGAAGAGUUAAUAAACGCAGGGGCAUGUGUUAAUUUGAAAGAUAAGCAUACGAUACCAAUCAUGGUGGCAUGUUCUAUUGGAAAUGUGAAAGUUACCCAAGUGUUAAUUAAAGCAGGGGCUGAUGUUAAUUUUGAACAUGAAGGUGAAACACCUCUCACAGUUGCAUGUUCCGGUGGCAACAUCGAUAUAGUUGAAGAAUUAAUAAACGCAGGAGCUGAUGUCAAUUUAAAGGGUGGAAACGACACACCAUUAACAAAUGCAUGUUCUGAGGGAAAUGUAUCUAUAGUUCAAAUGAUUAUAAAAGCAGGAGCUGAUGUCAAUUUAAAGAGCGGAAACGAAACACCAUUAAUCAUUGCAUGUCGUAAGAAGAAAUUAGCUUUAGUUCAGAUGAUUAUAAAUGCAGGAGCUGAUGUCAAUUUAAAGAGUGGAAAUGACACACCAUUAACCAUUGCAUGUAAGCGGGGAAAUUUACCUUUAGUUCAAAUCAUCAUUAAUUCAGGAGGUGAUGUUAAUUUAGAAGAUGGAACUUGUACACCAUUAAUGGCAGCAUGUGAAUGGUUUGACCAUUUGAAUGUAGUUGAGGAGUUGAUAAAAGCAGGGGCUGAUAUCAAUUUCAGAUGUGGGACAAAAACACCCUUAACAGCUGCAUGUUAUUGGGGAGUUUUGGAUUUUGUAAAAAAAUUUAUAAAUGCCGGGGUCGAUGUCAAUUUAGGAGAUGGAAAUAAAACACCUCUUACAGCUGCAUGUAAAGCAGGUUAUGAAGAUGUUGUUGAUGAGUUGAUUAAAGCGGGGGCUGAUAUAAAUUUAGCUGAUAAAAAGAAAACACCACUAAUGACUGCAUUUGAUCACGGGCAUUCACACAUAUGUGAAUUGUUGGUUAAAGCUGGGUCUGAAGCCAUUCAUAAAAGUGAACAUGAAACAUCAUUGAUAAUUGCGUGUUGGAAGGGACAACUUAAAGAAGUUGAAAAGAGAAUUCAAGCGGGAGCUGAUGUCAAUUCAAGAGACGGAGUUAUGACACCACUAGUUGCCGCAUGUUAUAUGGGACAUUUGAGGGUUGUUAAAGAAUUAAUAAAAGCUGGAGCCAAUGUAAAUUUGCUCGACGGAAAUAAAACGCCUUUAACAGCCGCAUGUUUGCAAGGACAUUCAAAUGUUGCUAAGAUAUUGAUUAAAGCAGAUGUCGAUGUCAAUAUCGAAGACGGGGAUAAAACACCAUUAACGUCAGCGUGUAAAGGAAAUCAUCUAUAUUUAGUAAAAAAUCUUAUAGAGGCUGGAUCUGAUGUAAAUUUUCAAACUUUUGAUGAAACAGCUCUCGUAGCUGCAUGUAAUGAAGGGCAUUUGCGUGUAGUUAAAACAUUAAUUAAAGCAGGCGCUGAUGUUAAUUUAACGGGACAUUAUGGAAAGUAUACCCCACUAAUAGCUGCAUGUAGAAAAUAUUAUUUGGAAACAGUAAAUGUUUUGAUAAGGGCUGGGGCUGAUGUCAAUUUCAGAUGUGGGACAAAAACACCCUUAACAUCUGCAUGUUAUGCGGGAUAUUUGAAAGUUGUAAAACAAUUGAUAAAUGUCGGGGUCGAUGUCAAUUUAGGAGAUGGAAAUAAAACACCUCUUACAGCUGCAUGUGAAGCAGGUUAUGAAGAUGUUGUUGAUGAGUUGAUUAAAGCGGGGGCUGAUAUAAAUUUAGCUGAUAAACAGAAAACACCGCUAAUAACGGCAUUUGAUUAUGGACAUUCACACAUAGUUGAAUUGUUGGUAAAAGCAGGGUCUGAAGCCAUUCAUAAAGGUGGAAAUGAAACUUCAUUGACAAUUGCAUGUUGCAAUGGGCAAUUGGAAGAAGUUGCAAAUAUAAUUCAAGCUGGAGCCGAUGCCAAUUUAAGAGAUGGAGUCCUGACACCACUAGUUGCCGCAUGUUAUUUUGGACAUUUGAGGGUUGUUAAGGAAAUGGUAAAAGCUGGGGCCGAUGUAAACCUACUCGACGGUGAUAAAACACCUUUAACAGUCGCAUGUCAGGAAAAACAUUUAAGCAUAGUUGAAGAGUUAAUAAACGCAGGGGCAUGUGUUAAUUUGAAAGAUAAGCAUACGAUACCAAUCAUGGUGGCAUGUUCUAUUGGAAAUGUGAAAGUUACCCAAGUGUUAAUUAAAGCAGGGGCUGAUGUUAAUUUUGAACAUGAAGGUGAAACACCUCUCACAGUUGCAUGUUCCGGUGGCAACAUCGAUAUAGUUGAAGAAUUAAUAAACGCAGGAGCUGAUGUCAAUUUAAAGGGUGGAAACGACACACCAUUAACAAAUGCAUGUUCUGAGGGAAAUGUAUCUAUAGUUCAAAUGAUUAUAAAAGCAGGAGCUGAUGUCAAUUUAAAGAGCGGAAACGAAACACCAUUAAUCAUUGCAUGUCGUAAGAAGAAAUUAGCUUUAGUUCAGAUGAUUAUAAAUGCAGGAGCUGAUGUCAAUUUAAAGAGUGGAAAUGACACACCAUUAACCAUUGCAUGUAAGCGGGGAAAUUUACCUUUAGUUCAAAUCAUCAUUAAUUCAGGAGGUGAUGUUAAUUUAGAAGAUGGAACUUGUACACCAUUAAUGGCAGCAUGUGAAUGGUGUGACCAUUUGAAUGUAGUUGAGGAGUUGAUAAAAGCAGGGGCUGAUAUCAAUUUCAGAUGUGGGACAAAAACACCCUUAACAGCUGCAUGUUAUUGGGGAGUUUUGGAUUUUGUAAAAAAAUUUAUAAAUGCCGGGGUCGAUGUCAAUUUAGGAGAUGGAAAUAAAACACCUCUUACAGCUGCAUGUAAAGCAGGUUAUGAAGAUGUUGUUGAUGAGUUGAUUAAAGCGGGGGCUGAUAUAAAUUUAGCUGAUAAAAAGAAAACACCACUAAUGACUGCAUUUGAUCACGGGCAUUCACACAUAUGUGAAUUGUUGGUUAAAGCUGGGUCUGAAGCCAUUCAUAAAAGUGAACAUGAAACAUCAUUGAUAAUUGCGUGUUGGAAGGGACAACUUAAAGAAGUUGAAAAGAGAAUUCAAGCGGGAGCUGAUGUCAAUUCAAGAGACGGAGUUAUGACACCACUAGUUGCCGCAUGUUAUAUGGGACAUUUGAGGGUUGUUAAAGAAUUAAUAAAAGCUGGAGCCAAUGUAAAUUUGCUCGACGGAGAUAAAACGCCUUUAACAGCCGCAUGUUUGCAAGGACAUUCAAAUGUUGCUAAGAUAUUGAUUAAAGCAGAUGUCGAUGUCAAUAUCGAAGACGGGGAUAAAACACCAUUAACGUCAGCGUGUAAAGGAAAUCAUCUAUAUUUAGUAAAAAAUCUUAUAGAGGCUGGAUCUGAUGUAAAUUUUCAAACUUUUGAUGAAACAGCUCUCGUAGCUGCAUGUAAUGAAGGGCAUUUGCGUGUAGUUAAAACAUUAAUUAAAGCAGGCGCUGAUGUUAAUUUAACGGGACAUUAUGGAAAGUAUACCCCACUAAUAGCUGCAUGUAGAAAAAAUUAUUUGGAAACAGUAAAUGUUUUGAUAAGGGCUGGGGCUGAUGUCAAUCUGAUAGGAAAGUGUGGUGAAUAUACCCCACUAAUAGCUGCAUGUGUUGUUGGGCUUUUGGAUGUGGUUAAUGUUUUUAUAAAUGCUGGGGCUGAUGUUAAUCUACGAACCAAAGAAAGAGAUUAUACACCUUUAAUAGCUGCCUGCAUGAACAACCAUCUGAAUUUAGUUGAUGCUUUGAUAAAGGCCGGCGCUGAUGUCAAUAUGUCAGGACGAAAAAAUACUCCACUGUCAGCUGCGUGUCAAGGUGGGCAUUUAAAUGUAGUAGAUGCUUUGUUAAAGCGUGGGGCUGAUGUCAAUCUCGCGGGUGAAACUGGCGAACUUACACCAUUGCUUGCUGCUUCUCAGGGUGGACAUUCGGAAGUGUUUGAUUUUCUAGUAGAAGCAGGGGCUAAUCUCAUUUUGUUUGACUGAAAAAAGGGCUGAUGUUUAUGAUAUUUACAUGCAUAUCAAACCGCGAAAAAAUGUAUGUAGAUAUUUUUAAAUUUGAGUACAAAUCGUAAUUGAUUAUCAGAGGCACGUGUAUACAGGGGUUUAAUAAUGAACAAA